CAAGCCCCGCCUCACUCCUGAGCUGUGUGCAUUCGCAUUGUGUCUAAACAGGCAGCGAGCAAAAAUAUAUUUUACCAACAGCAGUAAUGUCGGGCAGGUCGGUUCGAGCGGAGACGCGGAGCAGGGCGAAAGAUGACAUCAAGCGGGUUAUGGCUGCAAUUGAAAAAGUGCGGAAAUGGGAGAAAAAAUGGGUGACUGUUGGUGACACUUCAUUGCGAAUCUACAAGUGGGUACCAGUGACAGAGCCCAAAUCAGAUGAUAAAAAUAAAAGCAAGAAGAAGGGCAAAGAUGACAAAUAUGGUUCGGAGGUCACAACCCCAGAGAACAGCUCUUCUCCAGGAAUGAUGGAUAUGCAUGACGAUAACAGUAACCAGAGCUCCAUCGCAGAUUCAUCCCCGUUGAAGCAGGAGACCAGCAACAACACAAGUCCUGCACCUGAACCUUCUCAGAGUGACAGCAAUGACAUGAAAAGUGACCAAUAUCCUUCCAAAACAUCUGGUCAGGAUCACAAGACUGAACAAAAUCACUGCUCAUCAGAGUCAACAACAGCCAAAAGGGACAGCAAGUCACAUGGGGAUUCAGAGCUCUUUAUAGACUCUUCCAAAUCGGCCCAGGAAUUGGAAGAUGGUGCUCCUACAAGCAAAAAGGGGAAACUUGAUUCUUCCUCCGAAGAAAGCUAACUGUCUUGCCAGCUGUUACUCAUUUGCAAUCCCCAUUUCUUAUUCCAAAACGCAUCACAACAAAAUGGAGGUUUUUCUGCAGUUCGUCACUCUUCCCUACAACCAUGAAUUCACUUUUACACAGAAACCAUUUGUCUCUUUUAGUCACUUUUUUUGUGUAGAGGGCAUGCCUAGAUCUUAAAAGAUAUUAUGAGUAAAGAAUCAAGCUGUGAGAUUGUACUGAUCCUAAAACGGUUGAUUUUGAUCCUUGAACGGUGACCCUACAGUCACUAGUGCUUUUCCUCUGGUUGAGAUCAAACGGAAAAGGCACUGGAACUGCCAUAGUUCAAAAUUGGCUUUAAUACCUGCCAUUUGCGAUUUUAAAAAGUUAUAUCACUCACCUUUUCUUGUUCACUCAGGAAGGUCGACACACUGUUUUUAAUCACGUUGAAAGUUACAGAUUUCUGCUGCUGUAGUUUGAAUAGUGAUAUUUCACAGUAAGUAGCUAAAUAUAUUGAAAUAAAUGGUACUAGUCACGAGUCAUUCAAGUUCUCAUGUGAAGACCAGAGCUUGUAGCAAUGUCCUGCUUGGUUGAGUGCAUUUGUGUUACUGAAAAGGUAGCAUUUUGUUUUUUGACUGUCAACACUUCUCCAAAGUGCCCAUGCUUUGGUUUUCUUUAUUCCUGUUAAUUUUUACAAAUGCUCAAGUUAAAUUGUGGUGUUCAAACCAUGCUUUGAAAUGCUGGUUGCCAUUUCAGCAACACUUCAACCUUCCACAACGGAUGUAAACGUGCAUAACUAUGACAUGUCAAAGCAUCGAUUACUUUUCUUUUAGCAGCAAUUGUACUGACUUCAUGUGUCGUCGUCCAAGGAAAACGUGACAUUGAUUAGAUUGUAACACAGGCAGGUUAUGGGUAGACAGCUGUGCGAAUACCUCAUACUCAGUCCAGCAGUGCUGGAAUGUAAACACUAAGUAUGACUUUCUCGAAAUUACUCGGUUACGUCUGCUUGAAAAAUAAAAUGUAUAUAUUUAUACAAUUAAGUUUUUGCUACCCUCAUGUUUUUGCCACAGUAUUUCGCCAAACUAUUGCCUUCUGUAGUUCAGUCUUUGAAACUUUUAGCAAAAUGUAUUCAUUGGGACCAUAUUGUUUUUUUUCCAGGUCUAUAAUAGAAAUGUCUUGUACAGAAGUAUGGUUGUGUCUAACCUAUUUAUUCCACAUGUAGUUUAUUGGUUU